UCAAACUUCAAAGUACCGUUAAGGAGAAAGCCUCAGAGUAGAGCACAGUUGUAGGCCAACCGACGGCCGUAGUACGCGUUGAUUGUGAAGUGAACAACUUUAUCUACAUGAUAUUAUUUAUAUAAACAGUAUCAUUUCAAACAUGUUGGCAGACAACAAAAUGAAGAAGCCAUCUCAAGUGGCGAGCAUAUUUGACAUCGCGAAGGAUACUGUCCUGUUCCUUGUGUUAUCAUGUUACUACAUCCUUGAAUCUUUAUUCUGGACGUUAGUUCCUAAUGCUAUCAGACCUAUGAAGAGUUUGAAAGGGGAUAUAGUUCUCGUCACAGGAGGAGGGGGUGGAGUGGGGAGACAAUUAGCAGUAAAGUUGGCUCGGCUUGGUGCUAAGGUCGUAGUUUGGGAUAUAAAUGAUGAGGCAUUACGAAAAACAUGCAACGCCGUUAGAGAUGAAGGAUAUGAAAUAUCCAGCAAUGUAGUCGAUUUAGCAGAUCGGGCCGCAGUUUAUAGAGCAGCAGAAAAAGUAAAAAAAGAGGUGGGAAAGGUGGAUGUUUUAAUAAACAAUGCGGGUGUUGUUUUUGGGGAAACUCUACUUGAGCUCAAUGAUACCGCCAUAGAAACUACCUAUAAAGUCAACAUUCUAUCCCAUUACUGGACGGUAAAAGCAUUUCUACCAGACAUGAUAGAGACAGGAAAGGGACACAUCGUUACUGUAGGAUCAGUGGCUGGUCUGUUGGGAACAUACCGGUGUACUGACUAUAGCGCGACUAAAUUCGCAACUGUGGGCUUUCAUGAGAGUCUGUUUACUGAAUUGAGGGCUCAUGGCCACAACACAAUCCAAGCAACACUAGUAUGCCCAUACUACAUAAACACGGGCAUGUUCGACGGAGUGACUCCGCGGCUAAUGCCAAUGCUCGAACCAGACUAUGUGGCGGAGACUAUGAUCGACUCCAUACGGAAGAACGAGGUCAAUUGCAUCAUGCCUGGUUCAGUUAGAUACCUACUGCCUCUUAAAUGCCUUCUCCCAGCAAAAAUGUGUUGGGAUUUGAUGCACAGAGUAAUGAAGGGGCCACAAUCUAUGAUGGAACUGAAAAAGAAACCACAAGCAGCCUAAGGCAAAACUCCGUUGUGCUAAAAUGUGUCUUAUGGCAUAGGGCAUUAAAGUAUUAAGUUGAACAACAUUUUAAUAUGUGUUUUGUUAGGAUGAGGUAGUUUCUUUGUAAAUAAAAUUGAUUAUAGACUAUUCAAAUUCAAAGACUGAUGUCUUCUGAUCGAAUUAUUACGUUGUAGCGCGUAGUUUUAAGUUUUUAUUUAAAAAAUAAAAAUUUUCAUUUUUCCAC